AUGUCGUGGUUUUUGCAGAAGAUCGUCCAUAAUGAGGCGAUGAGAACGGAUCCGAAGGAGAUCUAUGGAUGGAGAGUCUAUGCGCUUGCUUGUUCGGCGUGUUGUGGAGGAAUGCUUUUCGGUAUGGACUCGGGCAUCAUUGGCGGAGUUCUCACGAUGCCUACAUUUGAAGAAACCUACGGCCUCAAAGGCCUCGAUAGCGUCGCCAAAGCAAACCUUUCCGCCAACAUCGUCUCCACCCUCCAAGCAGGAUGCUUUUUCGGAGCCCUUAUUGCUUCUCCAGCAGCCGAAAGAUGGGGUCGCAGACUCUCUCUUAUCGGUGCAGCAGUGGUUGGAGUCGUGGGAGUGAUAAUGCAAGCCUCAGCCAGUGGCCACCUCCCAGCCAUGUACGUCGGACGCCUCAUAACCGGCUUCGGAGUCGGCGCCGCCUCGAUGAUUAACCCCCUCUAUGUCUCCGAGAACGCACCACGCGCCAUCCGCGGUGGACUAACGGGUCUCUACCAGCUCUUCAUCACAAUGGGAAUCAUGCUCGCUUUCUGGAUAAACUACGGCUGCCUACUUCACCUCUCCGGCUCGGCAAUGUACCUCGUCCCACUAGCUAUGCAAGGUCUUCCCGCCGUGCUCUUGUUCGUGGGUAUGCUCCUCUGCAACGAGUCACCCCGUUGGCUCGCCAAGCAGGAUAGAUGGGAAGAAGCGCGCGCUACCUUGUGCAAAGUCCGCGCUUUACCUGCCGACCACCCAUACGUUGAAGACGAGUUCCAGGCUAUCGCAUUGCAGCUGGAGCAGGAGCGGGCACUUGUUGGCGGCUCUGGAUUCUGGGAUCUCAUGAAAGAGAUGUGGCUUAUUCCGGGAAACAGGAAGAGGGCCAUGAUCUCUAUAUUCUUGAUGGUUUGUCAACAGAUGACGGGAACGAAUGCUAUCAACUACUACAGUCCUCAAAUCUUUAAGAAUCUCGGUGUGACCGGAAACGCAACAAACCUCUUCGCAACAGGCGUCUACGGCAUUGUCAAAAUGAUCAGCUGCGGUGUUUUCCUAGUCUUCGUCGCCGACUCCCUCGGCCGUCGCCGCUCCCUCCUUUGGACAUCUGUCGCCCAAGGUAUGGCAAUGAUGUACAUCGGACUAUACGUGCGCAUCGCACCACCCGUGGAAGGCGCCCCCGUCAUACCCGCCGGGUACGUCGCUCUGGUGUGCAUCUUCCUCUUCGCGGCGUUCUUCCAGUUCGGCUGGGGUCCAGUCUGCUGGAUCUAUGUCUCUGAGAUCCCGACUGCGAGGCUGCGGUCAUUGAAUGUUGCAUUUGGGGCCGCAACCCAGUGGCUGUUUAAUUUUGUGGUUGCGAGGGCUGUGCCGAACAUGCUGGCUACUGUUGGGUCGAACGGUUAUGGGACGUAUAUUAUCUUCUCGUGCUUCUGUUUCUCGAUGGGCGUCUUUGUUUGGUUCUUUAUCCCUGAGACGAAGGGUAUGUCGCUUGAGAAGAUGGAUGAUCUCUUUGGUGUGACGGAGUUAGUGCAGCAGAAGGCUGCGGACCCGGAGCAUGCGCUGGCUGCUGAGGAUAGGGACAAGGCUGUUGACACUCAUGUAGAGCGUGUUGCUCAUUGGAGUAGAGUACACUGA